AUGCUGUGGUUGCAUGUUGUGCGACCCAACUUGACAGAAGGUCAUUACGGCUAUAUUGCUGAUGAAUACGAACGGCACGUUAUAUUACGCGGUGUAAAUGUUGAAACCGAACAGAGAAAUAUUCCAGACGAUCAAGAUCGACCUAUUGAUCCUCUGUUGUACAAGGGGCAAUGCCCGAAUGGUCCUGAACGUCCCAAUCGUGUUCGAAUCAUCUCUCGCGUACAUCCGCGAGGCGUCAUCGGACAAUUGAAACAAUAUUUUUAUAACACAACAACAUCGUCAUUCUAUAUGACUGUCAACUGUAUAAAUCGAACAUCGUUAGCAUUGAGUGAUGAAACGCUGGUAUACAUUCCAAAACGAUUGAAUACAUCAAUUAUUAACAUAACAGGAGAAGCGAAAUUGAAAACUGUGAUGAAUAACCCCGAUGGAAGCCGAUUGAUCGUGAUUAACCCAACAUGUAAUGGACGAUAUGAUGUUUUUGUUGCAAAUAGUACAAACGAAAUCAAUGAAUUAUAUGAACAGAUCAUCUCGAAUGAUUUUUCCAACGUUAAAUUUAUCGAUCAUCAAGCGACAAAGUCAUCAAAAAUACGAACAUAUGAAUUAUUUCAAUUUUUACAUUCAACUGCUGUUAAAAUCGGUCAAAGCUUCGCUGCUCGCUCAUCCAAAUCUACCAAUAAAUUCAAGGCGCUUCAAAAGGCUGUGGAAAUCAAUACACGAAAUUUUCAAUUACAACUGAACCAGUUUCGUAAUUAA